AUGCUCCGCCGUCAAGCUCGUGAACGUCGAGACUACCUUUAUCGCAGAGCUCUACAACUCCGCGAUGCCUCUAUCGCCGAAAAACGAGCGCAACUGAAGGAGUCGCUGGCAACUGGAAAACAGCUCGAUCCCUCUGUUGCAAACGAUAAAACCCUCCGCGAAGACUUCAAGUUUGACGAAUCCCUACCCUCAGCGGACAAGAAGAACAAAGACUCCGACCUUCUCGACCUAGACGAUGAAUAUGCGCUCACGUCCGGCAUUGUCGAUCCCCGUCCGAUCGUUACGACUUCCCGAUCUCCUUCGGUGCGCCUCGGAACGUUUGCCAAAGAGAUUCGCUUACUUUUGCCCACGUCAAUCCGCCUUAACCGUGGUAAUCUAGUUCUUCCCGACCUGGUGUCAAGCGCAAACUCUGCGGGACUCACGGACAUGAUUCUUCUACACGAGCACCGCGGUACCCCCACUGCCAUGACCAUCUCACAUCUCCCUCACGGACCAACGGCUAGUUUCUCGUUGCACAACGUUGUGCUCCGCGCGGAUAUUCCCAAUUCUGCUCGCGGAACCGUAUCAGAGAGUUAUCCCCAUCUAAUCUUCGAGGGGUUCAAGACGAAACUGGGCCAGCGCGUCGUCCAGGUCCUGAAGCAUCUAUUUCCUCCGCGGGAGGCUGGAAAGGUCGGAAACCGUGUCGUCAGCUUUGUGAACAAGGAGGAUAGCAUCGAAGUGCGCCACCAUGUCUUCGUCAAGACGGGCUACAAAGAUGUUGAGCUGGCGGAGGUUGGGCCUCGGAUGACAAUGAGACUGUUUGAGAUUAGAGGAGGGUCCCUUGAGAAGGGCUCAAGUGGCGACGUGGAGUGGGCACUCACGCAGUACACCCGAACAUCCAGGAAGAAGGAUUACCUCUAG